UUGCACAAAAAGCUGAAUCCUUUCUCCGACAAGACAAACAGAGACCCAUUUGAAUCGAUUCCUUAUUAAAAAUUAUUGAAUUGGGAAUGUUCUCUUAUCGAUUCUUUCAGGUGAAUCAAACUGGUCGGUGCGUUUCGUUUAUGUGACACAUCUGCGGAUCGAGUUCUGUUUCUAUUAAAGCAUUUGCAUUUGAUCGAUUGCUAUAGAGAUUAAUGUUCGUUCUCAAUCUAAAGCAUGCCCCUUUACGUUGAUCGCGAGGCUCCUAAGCUAUGGAGACGAAUUUACACAGAAGCAACAUUAGAAGGUUCUCUCCUUGCCGAAAAAUGGAAGCUUGUUCUUGCUGGACUUGUAUUUCAGUACAUUCAUGGACUUGCUGCUCAUGGAGUUCACUACUUACACCGACCUGGUCCAACUCUUCAAGAUGCCGGUUUCUUUAUUCUUCCAGAACUUGGGCAAGAUAAAGCCUUUGUCAGUGAAACUGUGUUUGUCACUAUCUUUGGAUCAUUUAUCUUGUGGACAUUUCAUCCUUUUGUUUCCCACAGUAAAAAGAUUUGUACAGUUUUGAUAUGGUGCAGAGUUUUUGUUUAUUUAGCAGCUUCUCAAAGUCUGAGGAUUAUCACAUUCUUUGCAACACAGCUUCCUGGGCCUAAUUAUCAUUGUCGAGAGGGCUCCAAGCUCGCCAAGAUUCCGCCUCCGAAGAAUGUUCUUGAAGUACUUUUGAUUAACUUUCCUGAUGGAGUGAUAUAUGGUUGUGGAGAUCUAAUAUUUUCAUCACAUACAAUAUUCACCUUAGUGUUUGUACGCACAUAUCAACGAUAUGGCACACGAAGGUGGAUCAAGCAUCUGGCUUGGCUUAUGGCAGUUGUACAGAGCCUAUUGAUCAUAGCUUCAAGGAAACAUUACACAGUUGACAUUGUUGUUGCAUGGUAUACUGUGAACCUUGUGAUGUUCUACGUUGACAGCAAACUUCCAGAAAUGGCUGAGCGUUCUAGUGGACCUUCUCAGACGCCUUUACUCCCACUGAGUACUAAGGACAGCAAGAACAGGAGCAAAGAGGAUCACCAGAGACUUCUAAACGAAAACAAUGUAGCAGAUGGUCAUUGAUGUUAUCUCUUCCAAUAUCAAAAUCUCAAAUCCGAGCAGAAUCUUAGUUAGAGACUAAUGGUUGUGUACUUAUUGAGUGCAUGUUAGUCAUAAACUGAACAGAAAUUCCCAAGUUUGGUGCUAUAUUGUCCUAGGAUAGAAAGUUCUCUUUGUUCAAAGUGAAAAUACAAAUUAUACAACUCAUUAAUAGAUGGGUUUCGUGGA